AUGCGUCAGGUCUUGGAUUUGUCUAUUAGUCUAGAUAAGGUUCAAAGUGAUCUCCGCAUCGCUUUGGCAAAGUGUCAAGUUCGCGGUCUUGUUCACAGUGCUACCUGGCUCGCAGAGUUAUUACUGUCUACUCAACAAAAGCCGUCAAGUGCUGAUUCUGUUGUAGAGACGGGUUUUUCUCCUGGGUCUCUUAUCGCGGAUCAAUAUAAUGGUCUUUCCUCUGAAAACUUUUCAAACUAUCACCUAGCGAAGUGUUACUUUGACACUCGAGAAUACGCAAGGUGUGCUCAUCUACUAGCGUCGAUUCCAAAGCAGGAUUCACAUCCACUAAUAGACUUCCUUCACUUUUAUUCUCGUUACAUGUCAAUCGAAAAGCACAUUACUGAUAACUCUACUACAACUAGGGACACAUCAAAUUAUGCAAAAUGGGGGUCUGCAUUAUCGUCAGAAACUUACAGGAGUGAUCUUUCUGGUUUGAAGUCAGACAUGGAGCAACGUUAUUGUAGUGUAGAAGAUAUGCAAGGCAACUCCCUUGAUGUAUUUCUAUCAUCCGGUGUCGACGUUUACACCGCGUAUGUGUAUGCGCUUGUCCAGAUACGAUUAGGCUUUCAAUCUGUGGCUCUAAAGGCAUUGGUGCAUAUUGUCAAGAAAGAUCCAUUGUUGUGGCCGGCAUGGUCGGAGUUAAUUGGACUUUUUGAAGAUCGGGAGAAACUUGACCGGCACUUUCCUCCUUCCGCUUCCUCAGAUGGCGCCAACUGGAUGUUGGAAUUCUUUCGCGCAAAGGCCCUCCUACACAUACAGGAGUCAGAGCGCGCGCUUUCCACGCUUACUGCUCUGUCAAACAGUGGCUUUCAUAAUAGUCUCAAUCUUCAAGCUGACAUUGCUGAUGCUCACGAAAGGCUACGCGAUUUGGACACUUCUGUAGAGAUAUAUAAGAAGAUAUUUGCUGUUGACCCAUAUCGACUGACGGAUACAGAUAUUUUCUCGAACGUUCUAUUUGUUAGAGGCGAGCAUAAUGAGCUCGCCUAUUUGGCAAGAAGAUGUGCUGAGGUAGAUAAGUACAAGCCCGAGACUUGCUGUGUUCUGGGUAACUUCUACGGCCUUCGCAGUCAGCAUGACAAAGCUGUCCUCUACUUCCAAAGAGCCUUGCGGUUGCAACCGAGAUAUGCACUCGUUUGGAUUCUUCUGGGACACGAGUACGUGGAGCUGCAACAUUUGAAGCUGGCCAUAUAUGCCUACAAUCAGGCCAUACUACAUAAUCGACAUGAUCAUCGUGGUUGGUACGGUCUGGGCCAGUUGUAUGAAUUCAUCAAACAGCCGGAACAUGCGUUAUAUUAUUACAAACGUGCCCAGUACCUCUGUCCGACGGACUCGAGGGUGAUCGUGGCACUGGGUGACAUGUACGAGAAGCUAGGCAACGUGCAGGCCGCGAAGAAGUGUUUCUGGCGCGCCUACUGUGUGGGUGAUAUGGAAGGCUCUGCGCUCGCCGCUCUGGCUCGGUGCUUUGAAAAGUCUGGCGAGUCCUGCGAGGCUGCUGCCGCGCACACCCAAUUCAUCAGGCAGUGCGAGACCAGAGGGGUGAGUAACGAGGCGGAUUUGGGGCAGGCCUAUCGUUACCUGGCCAACUACCACUUCAAGCAUGGCCACCAUAACGAUGCGGUGAUUGCGAUAAACAAGUGUCUCGAUUUUCCCGAGAUCCGUGAAGAGGCUAAGGCGUUGUGUCUCCAACUCACGCUCCUCUCUGGGUCCGCGCCCUCCACCAGCGAGUGUCAGGCCCCCGAGAAGCUUGUGAUAAGUCUCGGCAACAGCAAAUCUAACGAAAGUGAUAACUUGGCAACUCGGCCGCGCCUAAAAGCUCGAAGACGACUAAAACAGAGUGACUUUACAUCCGAUGCUGGCGAUGUGUCCAUGAGGAGCACCGGGGUUAUGGCAUCACCGCAGUGCCAGUCAGUAACAGAAAAAUACCUCUCCUUCCGAUUAAGUCGAGUUCGCUUUUCUCCGGUCUUCGGUUCACAAAUUGAGCCUCUUGUUGUAACUGGCAGUACCCAAGAAGAGGUGAACAGCGUGUGUGUAUGGCAGUAUAAUCGGUAUGCGGAGUACGGAAAGAACUUUGCUAAUGCCGAACCGGAGAAUGAAAUACCGACACCUCUCACCGAUUCAGCCGAUGAGCCUCGCUUGGUCUGUUCUACGGUGCAUACGGGUAGCGUUCAACAAUUGAAGACGCACACUGAUUCCCGUCUCAUCUUCACUGGUAGUUCAAUGGGUUUCGUGGGCAUCUACAGCCUUGAACUGCCAGAAACCGAACGGGAUGCCUUCCGCUUGCGCCAGGCGGGCAUGUGGUCGCGGGUUCCCUCCAAUCCCGCGGAUGAGCUCCUCCGCACCGAUGUUCCCAUCUCGGAUAUCUGUGUGUCCGCUGACGCCUUCCAGGUCUUUGUUGGCAACGACCUCGGCGAGCUGUUUGUUCUAGACACUGAAGCGCUUGCUGUUAAACGACAGCUAACUGUCGCAGCCCUUGGCUUUGACUUGUCCACAAUCAACGCCAUCGAGUCGAUAGACGCCUCAUGCAUCGCGAGUGCGAAUCAACUCGGACAGUUAAAUGUUUGGGAUCUACGCUCUCCGAACACAUCCGAUCUCCCUCAAAAACGGAUUAUCCCGACAGGAGAACCGCGGCCACUGCUGUGUCUGUCUCAGCACCCUGGUCAGUCGCAUUUAUUGGCGGUGGGUGGUGUGGACAACAGCGGUGGUGGAGGUGGUCGGGGCAAAACGGCCACAACUACGAGCUAUAUUUGGGACCUGCGAGAGGAGCGCCAUCCACUGAGUGAGAUCACCUGUCGAGGUAGUGCUGUGUGGGAGAUUCGCUUUCACCCGCACGAACCGCAGUUUCUCUACCUCGCUACAGAAGAGGCCGGUCUUAUGCGUAUUCACUCGCCCUCUUCCGUGGAUUCGUGGUCCUUCCACCAGAUCUGCCAGAAGAAGUUGACAGCCACCUGUGUAACGUCGAAUCCGCUGGAUUACUGCAGUGUGGGGACCUUCGAUUUGGCUGGCGACCUUAUUGUAUGUGGUCGCGACAACUGCACUCUUCAGACCAUCAAAGACUCUUCUCAAUUCGCUAGCUACUACGUGUUCCCAUCUUCACAUUUGCUCAAUGCCUUGUCGGGAUCCUAUCUUUUUAUGUUUGGUGUUUUGAACGAAACUAUUAUUCCUUUAUAUAGUGGUGUAUUCGCAUUUUGUAAUGAAAUGGAAGAGCAACCAGAGUCUAAACAGCUCGAGUCCAUGGUUGAUGUAAAAGCUCCACCUACCGAUGCUGCAGUAACAACCUCGACUGCACAUGAUGAGAAAGACGAUGACGAGGAUGACGAAGAGGAGGAGGAGGAUAAAAUUGUCGAGAAAUCUUACAAUAAUCGCUUUCACAAGCGUAAUAAACGAUUACCAACACAAAUUGGUGGCGUUGAUAAUACAUUCAUCGCCAUUGAACCAAAAUCAGGGAAGGAAGUUAUGUGGAAUGAGAGGAUGCUGCCAGAAAAAAAGACAGAACGCGAUAAUAGGUUUCUGACUAUCGUAAAAAAGCUCAAAAAACAAGCCCAUCCCUUUCUUAUUCGAUUUUUGGAUGCCUGGAUAAUAAAAAAUGAUUCUGGGCCCAGGAAAUUGGUUUUCGUGAAUGAGAGAUUGGAUGACGGCACAUUGAAGCAAUUUCUAUGUAAUUCCACCUCGAGGUCCAAACUGCUAUGGAGAAGACACAUUGGUCAGUUGCUCUCGGUACUCAUGUAUCUUCACCGCCUUGGUGUUACGCAUGGAAAUUUGAAGAAGGAGGCGAUCUACUAUCAGAGCUCAGGGAAUCUUAAAGUCGGACCAUUUAUGCUUGAUGCGUUCUUCGACCAAAAAUCCCCGGCCACUGACAUCUACGCGUUCGGUAUCCUGGCCCUUGAAAUUGCCGUCUGGACCCAGACAAUCGAUACUCAAGUCAGUUCAGAGGAGGAGAAGGUCAAAGUCAUGCUAGCUAGUCUUACCGACCCUCAGCAACGCAGCUUUAUCGAGGCUUGUUGCGAUCCCAAUCCAUCCAACCGUCCCAAAAUCAAGGCGCUCCUCAACCACCCGGCCGUUGCCGAGGUUCCCACCCUCAAACUCCUUUCAGCAAAGGUUCUUGUCACCUCGAUGAAAUCGUUGCCCCCGGAUGACACGGCUCCAGGUGCAGGCGGCGUGGGUCCAGGAGGCGCGGCUGAAAGCGGUUCAGGCGCGGGCGCGGGUGUUGGUGGUGCGAAAGCAGAGGCGCCGACAGAUUUCGCAGAGUUGCUGCGAGACUACAUCAGCCACUUGGAGGAUGAGACGGUAAUUCUGGAUGUCGCCUUUCUCACUGACCAGGUGACCAAAACUCGCUCCUGGAAGGACUAUCGCUCCAACUUCACUCUCACCUCUAAGUACCUCGAGGAUGUGAAAAACGGUUUCUACCCUUUUCUCGGAUACCACUUUGGCGCUGUGGCAGCAGAACAGGAAGAAGAAGAGGAGGGCUCGGCGGGACCGGUGGGGGUUGUCUCUACCACUACUACUACUACUGCGGUUGAUGGAGCGGGGAGUGGAGGACAGCCUCUCAUGGCGACUGCUUCCUCAGGGAUGAUCUCUAAUGCUGCUUCCUCCACCACCUCCCGCAAACAUUCUGCCAGCGUUAUCAGUACCACCGACACUCCGCCACGUCAUCUCUCCACCACCCACGAGUUCCCCACCGAGGGCACAAAGUUCGAUAACUUCUCCGACUUCUCACUCACUGCCUCAGCUGCUGUCGCUGCUGCAGCGGCAGCAGCGGCCUCGCUAGUGGUCAGUGCGCGGUUUGAGUCAGUGCCAGGCGAUCCGGAGAUGAGACGCCGCUCACUCCCAAACUCCUUAGCAGAGCGCCUUAUUUCCGCAAGUCAGCUGAAGGAGUAUGUGCAAACUAUGCUGACAGGUGUUGGUAUGACUGCGGCUCCCGUGGCUAAUGCAGAUGCUGUAGCGCGUACCGCCGGCGGGACGGCGACAACUGCUGUGUUAAACGCGCCGAAUAGUGUCAUUCAACAGCCCUACGCUCUGCUCCAACAAACUGCCACAAAUGUCCGUGAAAAACGUAUUCCCCAGCAGUCUGCUUGCGUCGGUGGAACCGAAGAAGUCUGUCCCUUGGGUUCCGCUGUACGGGGCAUGAACGCUUCGACCACCAGACCGCCUGUUCAGAACGUACCUCACACACCGCACACCAGCAUUGCGUCUACCCUGACACAAAGCGCAGCGGUCUCCCUUGCCUCGGCCGUGGAUGUGGUCCCUCUGCAACCCUCUACCACCAAUCCAACCGCUGCUGUGUCUACAGCUGCUGCUUCCAGUGCCAAUGCGGCAGGCAUGAAUGUGGUAGAGGAUGAGGAGGGCGAUGCCGAGAUCUCUGAAGAUGAUGAUGAUGACCAGAACGACUCCGAUGAUGAUGGUGAUGAUGAUGACGAGGACGAUGAGGAAAGUGGUGCUAAGGGUGGUGUACAGGGCACCGAGAAGGGCUGUGAUGGCGCCCCUCAAGUUGUCCAUGUCCCUCCGCCCACUCAGUCGCCCACCACACCUGCACUUUUCACCCACUGUCAGUACGCCUACAUUGGGGUGGGACGUUGGCAAGUGUAUGUGCAAAUGUGGUUCGUUGAGGAUAGGCUGAAACGGGAGGCCUAUCUUCAAGUGCUGGAACACGAAUGGCAUGACUACGACCGGAUAGCAGAUCUAUUUGAGGGAUCCAAGUGCUUAAGUAGCAGUGACAAAAGCAUUCUUGUUCGACUCCUCGCCAUGGCACGACACAACAUACCUCUGGUGGAGGGAGAACUUAUCUACCCUUGCUACGCACCCCAGUGUAAUGGGAACAUCUACGCGCAGGAACUUUACUCCAAGCUGGUCACUCUGCAUUUGCAUCAGCAGGCACAAGAACUGAUUGCGCGAGCCUCCUCGAACGGUACUGCUCACGUAAUACCCACCGCUAAUGCUAAUGCAUCCUCGCAACAGCAGGCUGAGACACCUGCGGCACCGCAAUCGGCUAAUCAAGCAGAUCCGAAUAAUGCUACUGCUCCUGCUGCCGCGUCAGUGGCUGAACUGAUCGAUGCCAACCCAGCGGCGGCUGCAGUACCAGUCUUGCUUCCUUCUGGUGCCAUGACAACCGCCUCCGAUCCUUGUCGCUCCUCCCUGCCUCCCUCACAGCAAGGUCCAGGUUCUUGUCCACACGAGCUCACUGACAGAGCAGAGGCAUCGGAGGCACCUAUUCGUGUGAACGGUAAUCUGCAGGUUCUGCCACCACCCCCUUCAGUACGACAGCCAGUGGUAACAGAAGGAGGUGGAGCUGGAGGUGCAGGUGUUCCAGCCAUGGUGGUGGCAUCCUCCAACUCCGUUCAAACCUCGGACCCAAAUCCUCCGCAACUUGCCCCAGCGAACCCACUUACGCGGCUCAACAAUCAAGAUAUCGUAGAGAUGUUGGAUGUGGGAGCUCUGGCGCCCCAGAACGCCACUUGUGCCCUCUGUGAUCGACACGACUACCUCCAUCGCGUAGAUUUGCCCAACUACCUCACCUGUCCCUGCUACCACUGUCGCGAGAGUCUAGCUCGAGAUGCCAAAAUCACUCCCGAGGAUCUCUUUAAUCUACAUCUCCAACACAACGUGCCGUGGCCGGCCUUCCUGCAGGCGCGUUUUAACAUUCCACCCGACGGUCGGUCAUUGAACGAGCUCAUUGCCUAUGACUGUCGAUGGCGUGGACGCGAGCCCUGUACCUGUCUGCCGGACUCCGGACCGCUUCCGCCUUGUGUGGAGUUUCCCUGGUUCUACACAGAUCCUUCCGCCACCUGCACUACCGCCACCAACGCCUCGCCUCAGCCCUCCCCUGACUCCACCCAUCACUCCGCUGACGCCUCUCUUAAUUCGAUUCCACCCGUUGCCACCGCCAACGUCACCGACGCCAAGACUGGCGAUGGUCAUCCCACCAUCACAACAGCACCACAGACCGCGGUGCAGCAGCCCAAAGCCCCGCAAUUGGACAACAUAACCUCUUCAAAGCACUCGCACUCAUCCGCCCUCCCAUGCGCCUCCCGUCACGCCAGAGGCUCAUUGGGUCCUCCUCAAUGCUGUGAUCCGACUGGCCGGUUCAAGGACGUUACACGGCCGGAGGCCGCUGGACACCAGCACACCCCUCAGUCGAACAGGUCUUCCUCGGAGCCCCAACCACCCGUCGUGGAGGGACAGAAGUUGUAA